AUGGCAGCUUAUCCUACUACACUUGCAUAUUAUGAAAAGGCGCUUAAUUUUCAACGAAGUCUUCUUCCACCUAUUCAUUUAGACUUAGCUGCCACUUAUGUUAACAUGGGUGGUUUGUAUCAAACAAUGGAAAAUUACUCAAAUGCACUCUCGUAUUAUGAGAAAGCACUUGAAAUUCAAUUGAAACUUCUUGAACCCGAUCAUGCAACUCUUGCAAUUACCUAUAACGAUAUUGGUCUAGUUCAUCAAUUGCUGAAAAAUUACUCAAAUGCCCUCUUAUACUAUGAGAAGACACUCGAAAUUCAAAAGAAACGUCUUCCAUCCAAUCAUCCUCACUUGUCUGCUACCUAUCACAACCUAGGUGACGUACAUGUAUUUACGGAAGAUUACUUGGCUGCUCUGUCAUAUUAUGAAAAAGCGCUUGAAAUCAAACAGAAAUCUCUUCCUUCGAAUCAUCCGUCAUUGGCUAUUAUCUACAACAACAUCGGUCAAGUUUAUCGAGCGAUGAAAAAUUAUCCAACUGCACUGUCAAACUAUGACAAAAGACUCGAAAUUCAGCUUAAUCCUCUUCAACUUGAUGAUUUAGACAUUGCUGAUACUUAUAAAGAGAUUGGAUUAGUUCAUGAAUUGAUGCAAGAUUACACGAUGGCACCCUCCUACUACAAGAAGGCAUUCGAAAUCCAAGAGAAACAUCUUAUAUUCGAUGAUCCUGAGCUCGUAGAUACUAACGAACAUAUAAGCGCUCUACAGCCCUUGAAAGGAGACUAA